AGGAGGGGGAUUCUUCCAGCUGUUUGUUUUUUUCUAAUAGCACAGUGGAGAAAGUGAGAGGGGUGAUUGUCAAAGAUAGGAGGGAGACCUGAACAGCCCGACAGGAGGAAGCCAAUGAGUUAAAGAAGCAAGGCAUGAGAUUGAAGUGAGGGCAGAGAGGGGAAAGAGGAAGAAGAGUUAAUCCUGGAAUGAUUGAGAGCUAGAGUAUCACAGCUGACGUGGGAGCGGGGCAAGAAAGCUAUCGUUUGCUUUCCGAGACAGACACGUUCCGAAAAAAUGGCGAACCUCCCCAAAGAGCCCGCCGAAGAUGCCAAGAAACAGAGCUUCUGGAUGACGGGGAAUUAUGUGCGCACAGUGCACAGAACUGAACAGUCCUUCCAGGCCUGCAACGACAUCGUGGCCUGCUUCACGGAGAGAGCGAAGGUAGAGAAACAGUACGCCCAGCAGCUCAGCCAGUGGAGCAGCAAGUGGAAGACCAUAGUCGAUUCACGGCCACUUUAUGGCUCCCUCAUGAGGGCGUGGCAGUGCUUCUUCACCUCCACCGAGCGCCUGUCCACCCUCCACUCCUCCAUCUCCCAGUCACUCACCGCUGAGGAGGGGAAGCAAGUGAAGACCUGGCAGAAGGAGACCUUUCCCAAAAAAAUCUUUUGUGGGUUCAGGGAGAGCUACGACAACAACACCAGCUUUUCUCGAGCCCAAAAACCCUGGUCCAAAAAGCUCAUAAAGCUGGAGAAGGUCCGAGUCGCAUACCAUAAGUCGUGUCAGAGGGAGCAAGCAGCGGUGGAGAAAGAAAAACAAGCAAAUGAAAACACCGAGAUGAGUCCGGAGAAAAAGCAGAAGAUCACAGAGGCCAGAGAAAAGGCCAGAGAGGAGAAGGAGAAGAAUAAAGAGUGCUACGAGAAAAUGCUGGAGGAUGUGACGACCUACACGCCUCGCUACAUGGAGGAGAUGGAGGCCAUUUUUGAACAGUCGCAGGAGGAGGAGAAGAAGAGGAUCGACUUUCUGAAGGAGGCUUUCCUCUCUAUCCACAGGCACCUAGACGUCACCAACAAUGAGAGUGUGAAGGCGGUGUACAGUGAGCUCCAUCAAACUCUGAUGUCCAUCGAUGACCAGGAUGAUCUCAAAUGGUGGAAGAACAACCGAGGCCCCGGCAUGCCCACCGACUGGCCGAAGAUUGAGGAAUGGGUCCCACCAGUAAAAAAGCUAAACAGAAAGAAAAGAGACCAGAAAAGAAAAGAGGGCCAACCUGUGAUGAUCGGGGGUGUGAAGGUGCGAGCUCUGUACGACUAUGCGGGAGAGGAGGGCGAUGAGCUGUCCUUUAAAGCAGGUGAAGUGUUCCUUAAGGUUGAAGAGGAGGACGACCAGGGUUGGUGUCGAGGGGUGCUGAGCGGGGGGAAGGAGGGCUUCUACCCGGCCAAUUACGUCGAACUUGCCGAGUGAACUCACACUGUCCGAAAGUUUCGGACAAAGUUAUUUCUCACAAAGAGUCAUUUUUUUAAUCUUCUAAAAAAAUAACAAUUAUUAUCAUUUGAUAUCUGAAAUGUUUGUGACUCUGAGUUAAGUCAGAUGUAAUCUGUUCCCAGCUCUUUUUGAACUGUCAAGGUUUAAGGCCUUAAUAUUCUAACCUAGUUAGUUUGAGUACUUCUUCAACAUGAAAUAACUUAUGAAUGACUAGUAUGUAAUGUGUGUGUGUGUGUGUGUGUGUGUGUGUGUGUGUGUGUGUGUGUGUGUGUGUGUGUGUGUGUGUGUGUGUGUGUGUGUGUGUUACAUGCACAUGUGCACAUUCAAAUGAAACAAAAGAGAAGAGAGGAUAUUUAUUUACUGCCAUCAUGUCUGAGUCACUAGGUCACUGUAAUGAAGAUAACUGAUAAUUAUACAUGAGGUUUACAGUCAUGAGUGCACACAAGGUUCAUGUUUACUCAACACGUAUGAUGUAUAAGCCAAAGCACAUAGAUGUUUGACUGAGGAGAAUGGAUUUUCACAAUAAAUAAAUAAAUAAUU